GGUAUAUGCUUGAGCCAGACCCUGAUAAGAGACCUGAUAUUUAUCAGGUCUCCUACUUUGCGUUCAAAUUGGCAAAGAAGGAAUGCCCAGUCCAGAACGUCCAGAACUCUCCAAUCCCCGCUAAACUCCCAGACCCAGUUAAAGCAAGUGAAGCUGCUGCAAAGAAGAGUCAACCAAAGGCCAGGUUGACAGAUCCCAUCCCUACAACAGAAACUUCCAUAGCACCCCGCCAGCGACCUAAAGCAGGACAGACACAACCCAACCCUGGAAUUUUACCCAUUCAGCCAGCCCUGACGCCUAGGAAGAGACCGACGGCUCAAGCAGCCAUUCAGCCCCAAGCCCCUCCUGCCCUGGGCAGUGGUCAGCCUUCGCUCCCUGCAAGUGUCCCCCAGCAAAAAGCAGCACCUCAGCAGACUCCAGCACAGCCCCAAGCCAAGCAGGCACCAGCUCCGCAGCAAACCUCGCAGGUGCAGCCCCAGAUCCCUUCUACUCAGCCACAAGCCACACCUCAGCAUCAACAGCAGCUUUUCUUGAAGCAGCAGCUUCUGCAACAGCAGCAGCAACAGCAACAGGCUGCAUAUUACCAGCAGCAGCAGAUGAUGCAAGCUCAGCAGUUCCCAGCUGCACAAGUGGCUCAACAACUGGUUGUUUCCCAGUUCCCAGUGAUGCAGCAAGGAGCGCCAGCACAGCAGCAGCUGAUGCAGAACUACUACCAGCAGCAGCAACAGCAGCAGCAGCAGCAGAUGAUGGCCCAGCAGGCAGCAAUGCAGCAGAAGACAGCAGCAGCAGCAGCAGUUCAACAAAAGCAACAAGGCCCAGCGCCGCCGCAGUCCCAGGCCCAGCAAAGUGCGUCCCAGCCAGCGCAGCAGCCACAGGAGCAAGGGGUGCAGCCACAGAUGAGGCAACAGCAAAAACCUCAAACUACACCCCCCACAGCAGUGCAAGGGCAGAAGCUGGGCUCUCUCACCCCUCCGUCCUCCCCCAAGACACAGCGUGCAGGACACAGGAGGAUUCUGAGUGACGUGACCCACAGUGCUGUUUUUGGGGUCCCAGCCAGCAAAUCUACCCAGCUCCUCCAGGCAGCUGCUGCUGAAGCCAGUCUCAACAAGUCUAAAUCUGCUUCCACCACACCCUCGGGUUCCCCAAGGACCUCACAGCAGAAUGUCUAUAACCCACCCGAUGUCUCCACGUGGAAUCCAUUUGAUGAUGAUAACUUCUCCAAACUCACAGCUGAGGAGCUGCUGAACAAGGACUUUGCUAAACUAGGUGACGGGAAAGCUCCAGAAAAGAUGGGCAGUUCCACAGAGAACUUGAUUCUAGGUUUCCAGCCUGCUUCAUCUGCAACCCAGGCAGAUGCAUUUGGUGGCUCUUCCUUCUCUGCUGGAUCAGCUGAAAAAACAAAAGACAUUCUGAGUUUGGACACUAGCCCUCCACUUCUGACUGUGCCUGAUCCUUUCAUUCCUCUCCCGUUGUCUGACACACCAG